AUGCGUCGAUCUCUCCGUGCCAAAAACAAAUUAGGAUUCAUCAACGGAAUCCUCUCCAAACCUAAACACCUCGAUGAUCCUUUACUUGAGCUCUGGGAGCGUUGUAACGACAUGGUCGUUUCUUGGCUCCACAAUUCAAUCAGUCUGUCUCUUCAAUCUAGUGUUCUAUUUGUUGAUAAUACACAAGACAUCUGGUUGGAUCUUGAAGCACGUUUUUCUCACCAAAAUGGCCCCCGCAUCUAUCAGCUUAAAAAGGCAAUGGCUGCUCUCCUUCAAGAACAUGAUUCGGUAAGCACUUACUUUGGAAAAUUAAAAUCUCUUUGGGAUGAGCUCUCUAUGUACGAUCCUUUCCCUACUUGUAAGUGUGGUGCCAUGAAAACCUUGUUGGAUCGCUACCAGCAAGACUGUGUGCUUUAG